UAAAGCCCAACUAUCGUUAAGGACGGUGUCUGAGUCGGCCACAUUCCAAAGUAUUUUUCUCUCUCUCUCUCUCACCUCGCGCUCCGACGAAAUUUCGCAGACUCCGUCAUGUCCACCGGCGAAAACUCAACUCCCUCCACCGCCCCCGCGGUCGAAAAGAUGUACUUCUGCCACCAGUGCAACCGCACAGUCACAAUCUCAAUCUCCUCCUCCGCCGCCGAUCCCUCCUGUCCUCUCUGCUCCGGCGGCUUUCUCGAAGAAGACGACGAACCCGUCCCCAAUCUCCCGCCAAAUCUCAACCCCGUCUCCUCCGGUUUCUUCCCCAUGUCCGACCCUUUCUCCACCUUCCUCCCUCUCCUCUUCGGACGCUCCUCUCCUCAAGGCAACAACAACAACGCCUUUGAUCCGGUGUCGUUUCUCCAGAGCCAUCUCCACCACCUGCAAUCCACCGGCACGCACGUGCAGUUCCUCAUCGAGGACCACCAUCCUCUUGAUCCCUUCUCUAACCGAAACUUCGGGGACUACUUCUUGGGCCCUGGUCUCGAGGAGCUGAUUCAGCAGCUGGCGGAGAACGAUCCCAACCGCUACGGGACUCCUCCGGCUUCGAAGUCGGCUGUGGAUGGAUUGCCGACUGUUAAGGUGAGUAAGGAUAGGUUGUUGAAGGAUGAUGAGAUGAUGAACCAGUGUGCUGUUUGUAUGGAUGAGUUUGAGGAUGGUUGCGAUGUGAAGGAGAUGCCUUGCAAGCAUGUGUUCCAUCAGGAUUGUUUGAUGCCUUGGCUUCAGUUGCAUAACUCUUGUCCCGUUUGUCGGUUUGAGUUGCCUACCGAUGAUCCUGAUUAUGAGAGUAGGGGACGAGGAGGUGGGACGAGUGGGGAUGGUCAGCAGACUCCGAGGAGGUUUAGUGUGCAGCUUCCUUGGCCGUUGGGAAGACAGGAGGGUUCAGGGUCAGGAGGACAUGGAAGUGGUGGUGGUGGUGGUGGGUCUAAUCUUGAGACCAGGCAGGAAGAUCUGGAUUGAGUAUUGCAUUGGGAGAAGGAUGUUCACAAGUUCUCACCAAACAAAAGGCAGUUUCAUUAGGAAGAACUGACAUUGAUGUUUUGCAAUAUUUUGUACAUUUACAACAAAGAAAAAAAUGAGAGUAUUUUCCUUGUCGGUGUUCUUUUGGGAUUAUAUAACGAAUGUGAGUUUUUAAUAUCACAAUGUUCCAUAUAUGUUAUUUUGGUUAUUUUCUCGUAAAAAAUUUGUUCUA